AUGGGAGGCGAUAAGUUUAAGCUGGUGCUGCUCGGGGAGAUGCAGUCGGGGGAGACGAUUCACGUCACUUUCGCCGUGGUGGAUGGCAGCGGAAACUUGGUGGGUGAUCGCAGCAAGGACCUUUCCUACCAGGCCUCUAGUUGCCAGCUGGCCGGCACCAUUCUUGACGCCGAACAAGGAGUAACCUCGGGCAAGGCGAUUCCUUGGGACACCACGGAGCAGAUCUCAAAUGGAGGCGACACCUUGAUCGCUGUGAGCGACGCGGGCUCGUUCCUUUGCGCCAUCCACACAGAAUCGGACACGUGGGGCUAUGACUCAUCUACCCAGCAAAGUGCGCUUCCCACUGGCCUGACUGCGGCCUCCUCUGACGCCAUCGCGAGCAGCGGGAAGCGGAGCAUGUGCUACACGGGCACUUCCUCCGGCACGGGCGCGGACCUGAAGGCGGCCAUCGGGGAUUUGAACAACUGGGAGCUGAACACCAACUUCGUAUCCUGCACCUCGUCCGUGGCUCGGCAAAAGCGACCUUCUCCUGGGGGUUGA